AUGCUCAGGGCUUUGAGCGGAACUCUGGGCAAUCGGAAUUUGCACCAAUCCUUUCUGCCCUCGACAGUGUCGGAAUUGGUCUCCGAGUGGCAAAGCGUGGAAGCGCGGAUCUUCUUCGGCUUCGAGCUCCUGGCAGCCUUCUGUAUCCUUCUGUCCUGGUAUCCCUUCAAGCUGCGCAAUGCGGGUUGUAUCCCAGCAGAAGGAGGUUGCUACAUUCGCGUCCCCUACAUGCCAUUCGCCUCAAUGUCCUGGGCCAUCGCUCGGCAGUUCUUUCCACCGGUCGGCUUGGUCUUGGUGGCCUGCGAAGAAAGCUGGGACGCGGAACAAUUGGUUCUCGUGGUGGUUCACUGUGUCUCUGCCUUGCUGAUGUUCACGGCGUUCCUCUUUUCGGAAGCUCAUGCGCUAUCCUUGCGGCCCUUCAGAUGUGCAGUCACCACUCUUGAACCCGGCUCUUUAGAGUACAAGCUUCGCUACAUCACGUGGCACUUGGCAUUCUGGCCCUACUUCCUAUUCACAUUGAUUCAAAUCUACAACUUCUUCGGCGACUUGCAUCCCUACAUGAAGAUCAUUUCCUUCGUGCUGGAAGUGGACGCCGGCCUGGCGAUGCUGGCAAAUCACUAUGUGAUUUGGUGCCCCGACAGAAGCACCUGCUCAGUUCGAUAG